AUGGUUCUGGUUUUGGUUUCAUUGCUUGCAACAUUGGCUGCCUCCUCGGUUGCUGAGUGCAGCAGUGCAACCUGCCCACGACUUCGAAGUGGCCGUGGAAUCUCUCUUUUGCAGGCGUCGCGCAACAAGUCAGCCCUGGCACCAUCAGCGUCCGACUCUUCCAAUGCCUCCAGCCUCGACGAUGCUGUGGCUGUUGCAGAGGGCCUCGGCAACGCUGCAGAGCAAGUCGUGUCAGGAAGCAGCGGAAGCGGAUCCACCUCCAACGAGGACACUACCGUGGUCGUCCAGAAUCUCAGCCAGCCUCAGGCCACCGCAAACUACUCACAGGUCAUUGACACGGCAAAGGAGGUGGUCCACCGAGCACCUUACACCCAACAGCACAAUGAGACUAGCCCGAUCAUCAAGCCCAUCAAAGGCGCAGCAGCUCUUCCGGAGCCUAAGGCGGACAACAUCACUGGAGCAAUGCGUGACUGUGUGUUGGGAGAUUGGGGUGAGUGGUCCGAAUGUGUCUCGGAUGGGGCUUCAGGCAGUGCAGGCCCACAUCAAAUUAGGCGACGUUCUGUAAUCCAGCCAUGGCUUCCUGGAGGACUGAGGUGUGAUGCAACAGAGCAGAGCCAGGGAUGUAACCUGAUUAGUGCAGCGAGCACCAUCGUGAGUCUGAACAUUGGCUGA